AAUGAUACACGCAUGCCCUCUCUGACAUUUUACAAUUCCCAGUAUUUAUACAUACUGAGCCAACGUCCUGACUUAUCCCAGCCAUCGUGAACUUCUUUCUUUUCCCUACGCUCUUUCAAACCACAUACGUACCCUUCAACAUGGCCGAUCCAUACCAACAAUAUACACCCCCACCCCCACACCCACACUCGCACUCACAGUACAUGCAGCAAUCGGGUCCGCCUCCUCCUCCUCCCGCCGAAAGCGACGCUGCGUUCUACGCACCGCCCGAUAGCCUCUACCAACAUCCUCCGUAUGACUACGAGACGCAGUAUCCCUACGCCCAACACAUCCCGCCAGAUCAGUAUGGAUCGCACUACGAUGUGAGCCAGACGCCAAGAUAUCAGCCUCCGGUGCCGCCACCGGCGCAGAGCCAGAGCGAUCACUUUUUGAGUCCUGCGUCGGCGGCGGAGUAUCAUCCGCAGGAGUACUAUGAUUCGGGGCGACUGAGUCCAAAUUAUGAGGCUGUGGCUGUGGGGAAGAUGGGGAGUAAUGCGGAUUAUUACACCCAGCACCCAGCUGAGAAUAUUAGCGGGAACAGUCCCCACCCAUCCCAGCAACCUGAUCUCCCAGAAGCUCCCGGAGGCGAAAAGGACGGCGGCGCAGAUGGCAGCGGCGACGAGCGCAGCGUAGGCGGGGCCCUGGUAGGCGGCGCUACGGGGUACUAUCUGGGACAUAAAAAGGGCCACGGGCUGUUGGGGGCUGUGGGUGGUGCGUUGCUGGGGAAUUUCAUUGGAGAUCGCUUGGAGGGGGAUGAUGGGAAGGGGGAGCAUCAUGGUGGUCGGCAUGGGCAUGGGCAUGGACAUCGGCAUGGGAGACGUCGUCAUCGUCAUCGUCAUCACCAUGGCCAUCAUGGUCAUGGUCAUGGUCAUGGUCAUGGUCACAGCCAUAGCCAUAGCCACAGUCAUAGUCAUCAUCGGAGCCGGUCGAAGCAUGAUACUAGUAGUACUAGCUAUAGUGGGAGUUCUUGAUGGGUGGGUUGGUUGGGGGUUGGGAAUUUGUGCGGUGGAUUGUUGAGGUUGUUGUUUUGUUAUGGAUUUGUGCUUUGUUGGCUUGCUUUGUGAUUUGCUGGUUUUUAGAAUGGGGCGUUUAAAGAAGAUGCCGUUGUCAAGAUUGAUGAUUCUGAUGAUGUGAUGAUUGAUGAUUGGGAGUAAUU